CAAGAACCAGCAAGCACGCAUCCCCCUCCCCUCCCCUUUCUCCCACCUCCAAAAAUGGCAGCAACAUGGACAAAGGAAAAGGCUUACUCGGGCUGAUAACAAGUGGACUUCUUCAAGUGCUGGGAUUUGCUGGGAUUAGUUUUCAAGUGUUUGUUGUCACAAUAGGAACUCCGGUUGAUGACUGACUCUCAAGGCCUUUUCAGUGCCUCUCUUGGCAACAUGAAAACAAGCCAGAAUAUCUACUCUGUGGGAUAACCGGGGAGAUUUUUCAGUGUGGAGAAGCCGAGGAAUCAUCAAGAUGUUACACCUGGAGCUGCUACUGAGGACUUCAGCCUCUCCUCUAGCCAGGGAACCAACAUUACAGCCUUGCCAUCAGCAGCAUGGACUAUUGCACGCCUCAGCCUUCACGCCGUCACAAUCCCGUGGACAGCAUCUGCCGCAAACUGCAGACAAUUCAGUGGCGCGGUGACCGAGAGCCCAAUUCACCCUUCCAGAUUCCCAAACUCUCCUCCAGCAGUUACGACAGCCCUCAGUGUGGCCUUAGGCACAACUUGGAAGCCAUCCUGAAGAAAGGGACCUUCCACAGAGACGACAGGGAGAAGGAGAAGGUGACAGGGAUGGGGAUGCCAAGCUCUGCGGCUUCCCAGCAUUCGUCUGUCCUUCUGUCCACCCCUUCCACUCCUACAUGCAAUCGCUCCACACCGGCCAACGUCACAUACACUGUCACUAGUACUUUGGGAGAGAGGCGAUGCGCUGAUGGAAGUGAGUUAAGGCAAGUUAAGACGUGGCAGAGGUAUUGUUCGACACCCACGGGCCAGUCCAAGGACUCCCCUUACUUUACGUUCACACGAGGACCUCAGUCAGCACAGCCUGAGAGUGCGAGACCAAGCAGGAGCCCACCUUUGUCUCAUACCUUCACCCCAAGUCGCAGCACCAUCUCUUACAACCUCAACUUCAGUUCUGCAGAAACUACAAACUCUGCUGAGCGUGAGCUCCCCUACCCAGCUCUGGUUGUGAAAAGACUGUCUAUGGGAGAUGGAGGGCCGUCAGUUGCCUCAGAAAACAGGAAGGAGAAUAUGGCAGAAAUCAGUCUCAUCUGUGAAGAGAAUCUGCUCGACACCAUCUUCCACGCUUGUGACACCCAGCGCAGAGGUAGAGUGUACGUGUCCCACAUUGUGGACUAUCUGCGUCACACUACCAGUCGCAGCUCAGAGGACAGUGGGUUGGAAGAACUUUGCAACAUGCUGGACCCAGAACACAAAGAUGUGUCCAUUGAUUUGGACACAUACCACGCUGUCAUGAGGGAGUGGAUCGAUGACUGCCGCAACACUCGGGAAGAGCCAACAGAAGAUGACAUCACUCAGGACUCUGUGAAACUCAGAGACAGCCUAUGUGCCAAGAGGUCCAUGCUGUUUAAUAUGACCUCAGGAAGCUUGGAGGCCUUUGGAGGGGAGGCAUCCAGAGCAGAAUUUGAAACAUCAGAGCUGGUGUACUGUGUUGCUGACCUCCAGAUGAGCAACCAGAAGCUCCAGGAGGAGGUAAAAAAACUGAAGCAAGUGGUGGAGAGCAUGGAGGAGUGCAACCAGAAGCUUGCAGAGGAAAACGAGGAACUCCGCAAUCAAGCCAAGAUCAACCAGCAGCUGGCACAGAAGGAGAAGAUGCUGAAGGAGGAGGUGGAAGAGAUGAAGGCCACUCUGAGCUGUACGGAGGAAGGCAGAGCCCGUGCCUCCGCACACAGCAAACAUGUGGAGAGAGAAAACCAGAGUCUUAUUGCCAAGAUUGUGUCUCUUCAGGAGGAGAACUUCAAGGUCAGCAUGGAGGCAGAUGAGCUUCAGAGGAGAAUAACAGAGCUGUGUGACAUUAACGCUGACCUUCAGAUGCAGAUUCACUCUUUUGAUGCUGUCAUUAGUGAAAAGGAUGCAGAGAUAGUUGAGAAGAGCAGACAGAUAGAUGAGCUGAAGGCAGCAGUGGAGGAAUACUCCUCCAUUACAGAGCUGCUGAGGGUGGACAAGAACAAGCUGGAGAGGCAGAUGCAGGUGAUUCUCCCAGACUUGGCUGGGGCUAGUCUGUCUUUGACAGCAGCUUAUCGGUUGAACCAGAGCAGCUCAGGAUCAUUACAAACAGAACUGGCUCUGGCACAGUCACCACUGGAGGCUCCCCAUGGAGUUGACCAUUUGUCCGCUGCAAGCUUUGUCUCCCCGCUGGAUGAGACUCUGGACAGGGAGGUUCUGCUGAUGCUGCAGGGGCCCAGCCCUGAACACAUGGCUCUGGAGUUCAAGAAUCUCCUAAACAAACUGAAAAGGGACUUUAGAGAAGAAACCGACUCCGUCUUAUCUACAGUUAGAGCCUCGUUAGAUAACCACACACAGACAGGAGGCAACACGGACGCCAGUCUUCAGACAGUGCAGGCCGAGCUGGAUGCACGGAGGGCAGACUGGGUACUCAGCCUGGACCAGCUGGCCCAGUACACAGACUCACUGGAAAAGGAGCUGAUCAAAAUGGCCGGAAACAUGAGGCGGUCCCGCACUGAGAUCCUCCACCUUUCAGUCAGGGUGCAGGAGCAGGAGAACCAGAAGCGGCAGCUGUGUGAGGAGCUCGAGCAGCUAAAGACUCCUCAGGAUAGCAGAGAGGCCUCAUGCCAGACACCUGCACUAGAAGAGGAGGUUGGAGAUGACUUGGACUGGGAUGAGGAAUUUGCCCUUCAAGAUUUCCUUAAGAAUGAGCUAGCAGAGAGAAACUGCCAAGUACAUGAGGGGCAAAGAGAAGACAGGCUCGAGGAAACGGCAGAUAAAGUAACAGACCAAGGUGAAGAGGAGAACACGGAGGAGAGGUGGACAGUGGUAGAUACGGGCGGGGAGGGAGACGCGAGGGACACAUCUACUCCACUGUCUACCAUCACAGUGGAGGCCCAGUCCGGGCAGGGCACUGUGGGAGAAAGUCAAGAUUCUGCAGCCUGUAGUGAGUCAGAGGUGAACUGUCAACCUUUGCAGGAAGAGGCUGUGGUAACAUUGAGCACCCACUCAAAAGCUGUCAGCAUUAAACAGCCAGAGGCAGAUGCUCUCCCUGAUCUGUCCCACUCAGAGAACAACACAGGUGCAGAAGUUUGUGAGAGCGGACAGUCUGACUCCUGUGGUCCAGCCCAAACUCUGAGAAACCCACCUGAUCAGGACCAGACUGUCGCACCUGUUGACACCCCUCCUACAGCAACUGAUAUAGUUUCUCCCAACAGCACCUCACCUGGAUCAGAGGAGACCAUUACCCAGACUGAAAGCAUCCAGCCAACCAGUGAGGACCACAGAGGAGAGGAGAAGAGAGGCGAGGUGGACUCAACUGCAGGCGACAUGAGCUAUAUUAAGAGCCUAAGCCAGGACCAGUCAGCCAACAGAUCAGCAGCUGAGGACAGCACAAGCCUGCUACCUGUGCUGGUGGAAGAAGAGGAGAACGUGCAGGACAGUGCACCUGAGGUUCCAACAUCAGAGUCCAGCAUGGCAGGGACAGGCCGGCUCAUCAGCGGCAGGCCAAACACCUUCUCUGACAGCGGCUCUCCUCAGUCAGGAUCGUCCGUCGCACAUACCAGCCAAUCAGGGAGCGGCAUGGCCAGUACACCCUCUGACCCCAGCCAUUCAGAGGAACUAACUCGCACCAUGGAGGCCAUUGAGGAGCACAAGGUUCAAGAGGACCAAAAUGAGAGCAGCGUGGUCACAGACAAGCAACCUGAGAUGUCAGGCACCUCUGGCCCUCGUGACACUUUCAAAGAUGACAAGAACAACCUGUCACCUAGUGACAAGGAGAUAGAGGCCGAGUUCCAGCGUCUGGCACUGGGGUUUAAGUGUGACAUGUUCACUUUGGAGAAGAGGCUCAGGCUGGAGGAGAGAUCACGUGACCUAGCUGAGGAUAACGUCCGCAGAGAAGUGUCCAGCUGUCAGGGCUUACUACAGGCUCUUAUUCCUCUUUGUGAGGAUGACAACCAGUCGAUGGAGAUCAUCCAGAGGCUUCAGAAAAACCUGGAGAUUCUCAUCCAGUCCAUGACUAGGGUGUCCAGUCGCUCUGAGAUGCUAGGAGCUAUUCAUCAGGAGAGUCGUAUUGGUAAGGCUGUGGAGGUAAUGAUCCAGCACGUGGAGAACCUCAGGAGAAUGUACACCAAGGAGCAUGCUGAGCUGCUAGAGCUGCGGGAGACACUCAUGCAGAGCGAGAGGUCGUUUGGAUCACAAACAGAAAAAGAUGGCUUACGUGGCAAGAAGCCAACAUCACAGUUCUACAAGCAAGGGCGGCGGGUCAGCAUCGGACCAGUCCCUCAUGCUGGUGGAGGCAGCAUGCACUUUGACAUGUCCAAAACACAAGAUGGUUCAGAGGUUGAAUCAGAAAGACUGAUCAGGCGAUCCCCAUGGAAUGUGGCAGGGAAGAGCACACGUCCCCCUCUAACACGCUUUGUUAGCUCUGCACCCUGGGUUGAUACUGAAGAGCCCCCACUUGUGAUGAAGGGGACGGCCUGCAACAACACAGACUGCCAGUCGGAGGACAAGCAGAAGGAGGAGACAGUGGAGGAGAGAAGGUCCAGUUUCAGUGACCUGGGCAUCAAACUCACCUCUAUCAUUCUGCCCCUUAAGAUCCCAAGCCCUGCAUCCAGCCCUGCAUCUACAGAGCCAGGAAUGGGCCAGCCUCUGUCUCAUAGCCUGACCAGUUCCCGGGCGGCAGUAGCCAGAGGUGGCAGGGGGCUUUGGCUCUGGUUAGCCAUGGUGGUGCUGCUAGCAGGCCUCCUGGCACUGCUGGCUAGCCUGGUAAUGCAGCCAGCGGUAGAUGCAGCUCCUGUAGGGACCGGGGACUCCUGGAUGACCAUCCAGCAGCUGCUGUGGCCCUACACAGGGCUCCGGUACAACGGACAACCCCCUGUCUAACUGAAGUCCUGAGAGUGGAUGGUGCUAAUGCUCAUCAGCCCUCCACAGAGAUUGUCAUUGCACUGGGAUGUUAUGGAGAAGAAAAAAGUACCAAUCCAGAGCAGAAGCUGUUGGGAGAUUUACUGUGCCUGAAGAGUCCUAUAAGACUUGCAUUAACAGCACAGGCCAGGGCUCGGGAAUAGUUAGCCUUGUGGAGGAGUUUAUGCAUCACAUUGUAUUUGCUAAAUUAGUAUGCCUGUGUGUGUGUGUGUGUAUGCAUGUGUCUGUUUAUCAGAAGAUACAGUUACAGGUGGUGGCAACCAGCGUCCUUUAUGGUGAGCCGCUCAACUGUAACACAUCACGAUGCUGUCAGUGCUGCUGGGGACUCUCUACCUGGACCCAACAAAACCUGUCAAAUCAGGCUGCCACAAAGUGGAUCAAUCAUGUCCCAACAAUAUUAGCUUGAUAGCACCAACACACCUGUCAUGUACUUGAGGAUACAGGAGAAAGACAGCAUUUUUAAUGGAAUUUUACCUCAUUGGUUGCUGAAGACAUUUUAUAACUUUAAACACUGCUAAUAAAACUUUUAAGUGAAAUCUAUAUUUAUGAGUUUGAUAGUUUUCAGUGGGAAAAUGUGAAUAUCAGUUUGUUAACUUAUAAUUCUGCUUUAUCACAGUCUCAACACCAAAGUUUUGUUUGUUUGUUUUUUGUUUUUUUUUUGUAUUUUCCAUCUUCAAUUUUUUGCUGUGGUUGUCACAACUUCAUACACUUUUGUAUGUCCCAAAGAAGAUGCGUGGAUCUUUGCACAAAUAAAGUAGCCAGUUCUACAACAGAAGAUGUGUUACAUGUAUCCAAGUGUACAUUUCAAAUUCAGGUAUUACAUAUCACUGCAUUUAGGAGUGCAUUUUUAAUCUGAUUUCACUCAGGUUAGGAAAACAUCAGGGGUCUUGUGGCACAGAGCAGGUUCUGUACUGGUUCAACAAACAGAUGGCAUUUUCUGCUCCUAGCUAUGCCAUCAGGACUCAUGGUGUCUUGGAGCAUGUGGAUGAAGGUGGAGUGAAAUUCACUGCCAGGAUAAUGGUCUGGAGAGAAAGCUUCACUCGUCUCUGUCAUCUCCAGCUUUCGACUCCUCUGGGCUCCCAGAAGGUACAGACUCCACGAGUCCUUAGGCACAGGGGAGGGACCCUGGUGCUCACACACCUGGCAAAGAGAGUUUUACAAACUG